AUGACGACAAAGAAUUCCGCAGAUGCAGAUUCAGCUGUUUAUAAUGAAGUAGAUGGAAUAUUAAAGAAACUAAAUUUUUUCGAGAUUGAUAAUAGACCGAAUGAAAACGAUUUGAGCGAUUUUAAAGCACAUCGGCAUACAUUUGAAAGAAAUGUUUGGUUAUCCAUGGAUUCUGGUCGUCGAACAAUGGUCAUUCAAAAUGAACAAGUUAAAGAACUAUCAAUCAUUCAAAGAUGA